GUCGGGAACAAGAUAUAUAUUUUCAGCGUUCAUGUCCUGGCAACGCAAGCGCAAUUUCUGAGAUUGUUGAGUGAGGAUCUGAUUCCACCAUGCCACCAGCGCGAGGUGUGAAGAAACCUAAAGAGGAUAAGAGUGACCAUCGUGUCCUAGCCAAUCGCUAUCUGGUAGAGAAGAAACUUGGAAGUGGAAACUUUGGUACAGCAUACCUUGUACAUGACACCAAGGCAAACACCAGCAAAGGAGAGGAAGAAUGGAAGGUACUAAAGGAAAUCUCAUGUGGAGACUUGGCUAUGGAUGAGACUGUGGAUGCAAUGCAUGAAGCUAAACUCCUCUCUAAACUCCAUCAUCCAAAUAUAGUGAGAUUCAACGACAGCUUCCUGGAUGGGGAGUUCUUCUGUAUCAUUACAGAGUACUGUGAGGGAGGUGAUCUGGAUGAUAAGAUCACAGCUUGCAAGAAAUCCGGCCGGUCAUUUGACCAGAAUCUAAUCAUGGAUUGGUUUGUCCAGCUCGCUCUUGCUGUUCAACAUAUGCAUAGUCGGCGAGUUUUACAUCGAGACUUAAAAACCAGAAACAUCUUCCUAAAGAACAACAUGAUUAAGAUUGGUGACUUUGGAAUCUCCAGGGUCUUAAUGGGAACCACUGACAUGGCCAGCACAUUCACUGGUACCCCGUACUACAUGAGCCCCGAGGUGCUGAAACACGAGGGCUACAAUUCCAAAUCAGAUGUUUGGUCCAUAGCAUGUAUACUUUAUGAACUGUGCUCCCUUCAACAUGCAUUCGAGGGCCAGUCGUUAAUGGGAGUUAUGUACAAGAUAGUGGAAGGAAAGACACCAGAAAUACCAAAGAAAUAUGAGAAGAAUAUCCAAGAACUAUUGAAUGUAAUGCUGAAUCGAGACCCUGCCAAGAGACCGUCUGCAACUGAAGUGACUAAGAUACCAUUUGUAUUGAGACACAUGGAGAAGAUGAAGAAGAGGAUCUCUGAGAUGAAAGAGCAUCGAGACGACACCCGGGAAGUUGUCGAGAGAGACACGCAGGAGCUUGCCACUCUCCUACGAGAGAAGACUCACUUGGAGGACUUGAAGGAUGUGUCGUUACGGGAACAGCCUCCUCCUCCUCAGACAUCCAUGCACCCAUCCUCGGUCCAAGAUCCCUACAAACACCUCACUCCUAAGGAGAAGAUGAGGAUAAGGAAGAUGCAACUUGCUGAUGAGAAAGCACAAGUUAUCAGUCAACAUGCAAGAAACAACCUUGCUCAGAAUAUUCAGAGGAAAGAAGUCAUCAAGGGAACUAUGGGGUCGUACAAUCGACCAGCUUGGCAAGGUGGUGCUGGAGAGCAACAUCGUCCAACAUUUUAUGAAGAGGCUCCAUCUUACAAUGAGGGGACAGUUCGUAGUCGACUCCCGGCAGUUUCUCCGGACACUUACUAUGAUGAUGGUAGGGAAAUGGAUGAUAUCAGUCACUGGGAGAGAGAAGAUAUGGGCACAGUCCGAGAAGUUACCUACACAGCAUACGAUGAUAGACCCAUCAAACCAGCAGGAUCCCCCAAUCCAUACAGUGAAGAAGGUAUGAGCACAUUAAAAGCUCCAUCUGCAAAUGACGACCGCCCCAUCACCCCUCUCAAGAAGGAAAUCAACUUUGACGACCCCAAUAUUUCACUUGCCACACCACCAGGCCUGAAACCACUGCCUACCAAGAACGCUCAAGCCAAGCCCACAUCAGCACAGACCAAAUCACCAACUAGCAAACAAGUCAAGGGUAAGCCAGCCCCGAUCAAAUCAACGCAGUCCAAACCAGUCAAAUCACCAAUGUCACCUACCAUUAAAAAGGCUCCAACAUCACCCAGGAAAGAUCAGUCUCAACCAGACCCUCAAUCGCCAUCUAAAGUCCUGGCUCGGGUAGCGGAGAACAUUCCAGCUGAUGCUGACGCUGCUGAAACAUUCUACUCUCAACAUGAAGACUUUGAAGACUCUGGGUCUGACUCAGUUGAUGAAGAUAUUGAUGAUGAAUAUGAUGCCUUGAUGGAAUGCAUGCAAGAUGCUCUAGACAAGACAACAGGAGAUCAAGGCGGAACCUUAAAAGACAACACACUUAGUGCUUUUUCACCCGCUAUGAGAGAGACCAAGAUUAAAAAUCUCAGAUCCGAGUGUGAACGUAAAAUUGGCAGAGAGUCCUUCAAGAGUGCUUAUUCCUUCCUCAAGCAAGCAAGAUUUGGUGACCAGAGGUCAAUGGGUGAUACCACUUUAGAUGAAGGGGAGAUUAUGAAGGGAUUAAAGAAGUACGUCAAAAACCCCAGUGACUGUUUCCUGAUCGAUCAGCUGUUAUUUCUGGAAGAGCAGGCGUCAUUUGAUAGAUAACAAU